CUACCAAUGACAGCUGAGUUCCUCACCUCCGGAGCUGAACUCACUGUCGUCGCACCCACCGAGUGACAGGACAGCAGCUACCCGAACUCAGAUCCACUCAAAGCGGCCAGAAACCAGGCAAAGCGAUGGCCACCCCAUUGACCGACCAGGAGAAGCGCAAACAGAUCAGCAUUCGCGGCAUUGUGGGCGUAGAGAACGUCGCCGAGCUGAAGAAAGGCUUCAACCGUCACCUGCACUUCACGCUGGUCAAGGAUCGGAACAUCGCCACGCCGCGGGACUACUACUUUGCCCUGGCGCACACCGUCCGCGACCACCUCGUGGGCCGCUGGAUCCGGACGCAGCAGUUUUACUACGAGGCCGACCCCAAGAGGGUGUACUACCUGUCCCUGGAGUUCUACAUGGGCCGCACGCUGCAGAACACCAUGAUCAACUUGGGUCUGCAAAACGCCUGUGAUGAAGCCAUUUACCAGCUUGGCUUGGACAUGGAGGAGCUGGAGGAGGUUGAGGAGGACGCAGGUCUGGGCAACGGAGGCCUGGGCAGACUUGCAGCCUGCUUCCUGGACUCCAUGGCCACUCUGGGACUGGCGGCGUACGGUUACGGCAUCCGCUACGAAUACGGAAUCUUUAACCAGAAAAUUAGGGACGGCUGGCAGGUGGAGGAAGCGGACGAUUGGCUACGUCACGGCAACCCCUGGGAGAAAGCCCGCCCCGAGUACAUGCUGCCCGUUCACUUCUACGGACAUGUGGAAGAAACCGAUCAGGGUCCCAAGUGGGUCGACACGCAGGUGGUUCUGGCCAUGCCGUACGACACGCCCAUCCCAGGCUACAUGAACAAUACGGUCAACACCAUGCGUUUGUGGUCGGCUCGCGCGCCCAACGACUUCAACCUGCGAGACUUCAACGUUGGAGAUUACAUCGAGGCCGUCCUGGACCGCAAUCUGGCCGAGAAUAUUUCCCGAGUGCUCUAUCCCAACGAUAACUUUUUCGAGGGGAAAGAGCUGCGUCUGAAGCAGGAGUAUUUUGUGGUGGCGGCCACCCUGCAGGACAUCAUCCGCCGCUUCAAGACCACCAAGAAGGGAACGCCCGCACGCACGUCCUUCAAGAGCUUCCCCGAUAAGGUCGCCAUCCAGCUGAACGACACCCACCCGGCCAUGGCCAUCCCCGAGCUGAUGAGGAUCUUCGUGGAUAUCGAGAAGCUGGACUGGGACGUGGCCUGGGAUCUGACCAAGCGCACCUUCGCCUACACCAAUCACACGGUUCUCCCCGAGGCCCUAGAGCGCUGGCCCGUGGAGCUGUUGGAGACCCUCCUGCCGCGACACCUCCAGAUCAUCUACCAGAUCAACCAGAUGCACCUGGAUAGGAUCGCGUCGCUCUUCCCCAACAACGUGGACAAGCUGAGGAAGAUGUCACUGAUCGAGGAAGACGGAGGCAAGCGGGUGAACAUGGCGCACCUGUGCAUCGUGGGCUCGCACGCCGUCAACGGCGUCGCUCGCAUACACUCCGACAUCAUCAAGACGCAAGUGUUCCGCGACUUCAGCGAACUGGAGCCGAAGAAGUUCCAGAACAAGACCAACGGCAUCACUCCCAGACGCUGGCUGCUGCUGUGCAACCCCGGAUUGGCCGAGCUCAUCGCCGAGGUGAUCGGCGAGGACUACGUCAAGGACCUCGGCCAAUUGCAGAAACUAAACGACUUUGUGGACGACGCCGCCUUCAUCCGGGAUGUCUCCAAAGUCAAACAGGACAACAAAGUGAAGUUUGCGCAAUACCUGGAGAAGGAGUACCGGGUGAGGAUCAACGCGGCGUCCAUGUUCGACGUGCACGUAAAGAGGAUCCACGAGUACAAGCGGCAGCUGCUCAACUGCCUGCACAUCGUCACCAUGUACAACCGUAUCAAGAAGAACCCGACUGCGCCUUUCGUGUCUCGAACCGUGAUCAUCGGGGGAAAGGCUGCGCCGGGGUACCACAUGGCCAAGAUGAUCAUCAAGCUGAUCACAUCUGUGGCUGCUGUGGUGAAUAACGACCCGGUGGUGGGGAGUAAGCUCAAAGUCAUCUUCUUGGAGAACUACAGAGUCUCUCUGGCCGAGAAAGUGAUCCCGGCCACCGACUUGUCGGAGCAGAUCUCGACGGCGGGCACCGAAGCGUCGGGCACGGGCAACAUGAAGUUCAUGCUGAACGGCGCGCUCACCAUCGGCACCAUGGACGGCGCCAACGUGGAGAUGGCCGAGGAGGCCGGCGUGGACAACCUCUUCAUCUUCGGCAUGAGAGUGGAAGACGUGGCCGAGAUGGAUAAAAAGGGAUACGACGCCAUGUCUUACUACAAGAAGAUCCCGGAGCUGAAACAAGUGAUGGACCAGAUCACGAGCGGCUUCUUCAGCCCUAAAAAUCCCGAUUUAUUCAAGGAUCUGACCGAAAUGCUCUUCAAAUAUGACCGAUUCAAAGUAUUUGCCGAUUUCGAAGCAUAUCUGAAAAGUCAAGAGAAAGUCAACAAACUCUAUCAGGAUCCAAAGGAGUGGACCAAGAUGGUAGUGAAGAACAUCGCGGCAACAGGCAAGUUCUCCAGCGACAGAACCAUCGCCGAGUACGCCACGGAGGUGUGGGGCGUGGAGCCCACCGACCUCAAGAUCCCGCCGCCGAGCGAACCCCGGGAGGCCUUUGAGAAGACGGCCCGUGAGCUUAAGAAAAUGUGAAAGCUGCCUCGCUUUGGUUUGUUUCCCCGAAAAAGAAGACAAGAGAUUCACAUCGUUCAAAACCUUCCUUUACUUGUACUCGAGUCUGUUACAGCAUUAUUCACUGGACAUUUGCAAAAUGUCUGCUUAACUGUUAGCAGAAAGUGAAGACCACAAAAACAUCAAAUACCAUUUUCUUCAGUGUUUUCCUACCAGAGUUCACAUUAAAAUCUCAGCUGUA